AUGUAUUUACCUGAUGUUCAAAUAGUUAGUAAUGAAGAUCCAAAUGGUAAUGUGCCAAAGAAAAACACUAGUGGAAUGAACAAUCUCAGAUUUCAUUAUAGUGAGGGAAUAGAUGUUAAAAAGGAUGAAUACAAGGCAUUUCAUAAGAGAAGGAAAUAA